AUGGGGCAACGAACCUGCCUGCACUUGCAUGGGGCUCUCCCGUACUUCUACGUGCCAUAUGAUGACGACCUACCUCAGGAUAUCGCCAAAGACAUCUUGAACGUGAACGACCUUCUGCGAGUGCCUCUCCACGAGGCUGGGGAUGACAUUCAGAUGGUGCCCUCGCUCGCUCCUAUCUGGGAGGAUGAGCGGCGGCGGACAGCAGCUGAAGCAGAAGACGCAGGAGGAAGGAUUACGCGUGAUGGCUGGGACAGAUUGGUGGAGAGUGGUGAUGGGAUGGAGAGUGCAAGGAAGCGGAGAAGAAGGGUGACGUUUCAAGUUGCUGCUGGGGCAGAGGAGGGAUGGCAUACUGCUGAAGGGAGGGUUGAAGAUGGUGGUGCAAAUGGUGGUGGUUUCAAGAUAGGCGAUGAUGACAAUGCCAUGUUGCCGUUGGUGGAUGAACAAGUGGUUGUCACACAGCUAUCACAGGAACAGAUGCAGCAGGAGGAUGAGGAAGAAGCCCUGGAUCUCUUGAGAUGGGUUGCCAAUAGCCAGCGUGACAACAGCGAGGGUGACAGAUCUCAGUUCCUAGCGGGUGGGUCACAGGAGGAGUUUAUGCGAUCAGGGUCUCAGUUCCGAAUGGGUGGGUCACAGGGGUGUUCUCAGGGGGAGAGGAGGAAGGUGGCCUUGGAGCGAGCGUGGGAGGCGUAUGAAGCAGCUGUUGCGGAGGAGUGUGAGGGGAUUCUGGCGAGUGCGAGGGAGAUGGGGGUGGAGUGGGAAGGAGAGGGGGAAGAGGAGGAGGAGGAUGAGAGGGAAGGGGAAAUUGGAGACGAGGAGUUUGGACAAGAGUGGGAGGAAUGGGUGCAGCAGGGGGAGGGGCGAAGAGAGCAGGUUGGAGGGAGGGAAGCCAAAGGAGGGGAGGGGGUAGAGCAUGGGCAGGGGCGGCUUCCUCAGGUGUUAGGAGGAAUCGGACGAGAGGGCAAGGGGCAGGGGGGAGUAUCAGUGGAUGGUGGUGCUCGUGGAAAGGUUUGGGGUGAUGAGGCUGAUAAAAGUGGUGCUGGUGGUGCUGCCGCUGGCAGUGCUUGCAGUGCUGACUCUACUGGUGCUGAUUCUAGUGCCCCACUCACCCAUGCUGCUGCUGAAGGUAGUGCGGUGCAACCCAGUGAGGAGCAACAGGCGGAGUUCACUCUCGAUCCAAACACAGGGCAGUUGCUUGUGGGAGGGGCUGGUGUGAUAGGCUUGGACGGGGCAGGUACGGAGGCUCGGAAAGGUUUGGUGGGUGGGAAACCAAGGAAAAGGGAGGUGGGUUGUGGGAGAGGUGGAAUCAGGAGGGAAGGGGGUGGGCGGGCUGGGGAGGCGAGGAGAGGAGGUGGGAGGAGGAGUGGGGCGGUGGGGGGAGAAGGGGAGGAGGGGGAGGGGGAGUUUGGGUGGGGGACGUGGAGUGAUGUGGGAAGGUGGAGGAGAGAGGUUGAGGAGAUGGGGGAUGAGGGAGAGGAGGGGGAAGAGGGGGAAGAGGAGAGUGAGGGAGACGAGAGUGAGGAGGGCGAGGAAGAAGGUGUUGUUUAUGGGGAUAGAGAGAAGGGUAGUGAUAACGAUGAUGAAGAGAUGUUUGAAAGGCCUGCGGCUUAG